UGAACAAGGUGUGAAAAAUUCGAAGCCCGGCGGAUUAUUAAAGUUAGUCUAAGAGUGAAACUUUUAACGUGAUUGGUAAAACUUAAAGGUGUUGUUGGGAAGUAGAACGAUGGCAACAGCUAUAACCGAAGAUAUCCGAGGAGACAAUAAUCGAAGUGUAGUUGCAUCAUCUGUAGAACUCGAGAGAUCAAGAUGCUGGUUUCAGAGAAGAUGUUCAUGGCGACCAACCUCUGAAAGAUUGCUGGAAGUUGCAGAGUCCAGAAUUUGGAAAUUUGUUAAGUCUCGUUAUGAGGGUAAAUAUGUGCCUGUGGAAAAAGAUGAAAAGAUAUGGACCUUAAAGUUUAAUCCUAAUGCAACUAAAGCACCACUGGUCAUGAUUCACGGCUUCGGAGGAGGUGCAGGCCUGUGGGCAAUGAACAUUGAUGCCUUGGCAAAACAUAGGACUGUCUAUGCAAUUGAUGUAUUAGGAUUUGGCCGCAGCUCACGACCACAGCUUAGUGGAGACCCACAAGAAGCUGAAGAACAAUUUGUUAAGUCAAUUGAACAAUGGCGGCAGGAAAUUGGGAUAGAAAAGUUUGUUCUCCUAGGACACAGCUUUGGUGGCUUUCUGGCAAGUUCCUAUGCAUUAAAACAUCCUUCCAGAGUUCAACAUCUCAUCUUGGCAGAUUCCUGGGGGUAUUCAGAGAAACCAGAAAAAUUACAGUACAAUAUUCCAACAUGGGUGAAGAUUGUGGCAACUCUUAUCCGUCCAUUCAACCCACUGGCAGGACUGCGAGCUGCAGGUCCAUGGGGCCCAUCACUGGUGCAGAAAUUUAGGCCUGACCUUCAAGGGAAAUUUGCUGGUCUUUUGGAAGAUGACACCAUUUUCAACUACAUUUACCACUGUAAUGCUCAGAAACCAAGUGGUGAAACAGCUUUCAAGAGGAUGUCAGAGAUGUAUGGCUGGGCAAAGUAUCCCAUGAUUCACAGGAUUGGGGAAAUGGACAAAAACAUUCCAAUGACAAUGAUUCAUGGCUCAGAGUCUUGGAUAGAUUGUUCACCCAGCUAUCAAAUUAAAAAUAGUCGCAGUGGUUAUGUUGAUAUACAAGUGAUUACUCAUGCUGGACACCAUGUUUAUGCAGAUCAGCCAUGGGCAUUCAACCAAGCUGUGAAUAAAGUUUGUCACAGAGAGGAUAAACUUAUUACUGUGACUAUUAACUGAACCGAGGCUCACAGCCAUUAAACAUGUAAAAUAAUGGGGGUAUUACUGAGACUUCAAUUAUUAAUAUCUCUCUAGUGAUUGAACAUAACAGUAACCAAGUCAUUUCUGCUUGAAGCUGACUUGUUCAGUAAGACAUUUGUGUCAACAAUCAUUACACUAACUUAAAGUUAAACUUAGAAAUCUGCCUAUUAAAUACCAGUACCUAAUUUUGAUAAUCACAUUGGCUAGAAAAUCACAGAAAAUUUGGAGAAGAAUUUGGGUUUGAAUAACCCAACAUUUAAAACUAAGCAGUUGACAUCGUGAUGUCCUUUUCAAAGGUUUUGGUCUGGGGAGAUGAAUACGAGCAGCCAGGCUGUCUAACAUAUUUAUGCAUGUAUUAGCUAAGGUAUGGAACACCGUUUGUAGCAAAAUUCAAUCUAGUCAAAUAUUUAUUCAAUCUAAUCAUUUUGGCGUGAUACAAUUUAAUUCAAUCUUCUAAACAUAUUCAAACAAUCGGAAAAAGCAUUCAGUUCAAACCCAUGUUUUUCAGUUUAAUUUAAUAAGAGUGAAUAUUUAUUCAGUCCAAUCACAGAAAUAUCUAUUCAAUCCAAUCACAGAAAUAUAGUUAUUCAAUCCACUCAAAAACAUAUUCAAUGCAAUCCUCUAGAAAUUCAUUCAAUCUUCCUGGGGCCAGCACGGCCAAACCUGGCUUGUAGGGGACUUGGAAUAGAAACCAUAACUUGAAAAUGGCAGACAUUGGUGCUUUUAUUUAGAAACUGAUCUUCCCAAGUUUUUGGAGUCUGUUCUUCAAAAUGCAGAAAUUGUUUUACAAAACAUUGAUAGUGAAACUCAAGUAGACGCAGAAAUGCAUUUUGAAGUAGUAGUUCAAACUGUUUCUUUGAUUUGAGCAUUGCAAGAGACAAGUGACAUCCAACCAUCGGACAUAAGAUAUCGCAGCAUGCUCACUGUUAGGUUCUGAGAAUACAGUAAAGACUCAAGUUACUGUUAAAAUUUGAUAAUUUUGAUGUUCUGUUUCAUGCAUACUGUACAUUUCAGUCUGCCCAGGGAAGGUAAAUCAAAUGUAUUGUAUACCAUACUUACCCAAGUAAUAAAAAUGGCAUGUUAAAAUACUGGUACACACCCCAUUUCUGGUUUCUUAGGAGAAUUUAUUUGAAAUGUGUUAAAGGACUUCAACAACGAGGCCUGUAGGCUGGAUGUGAUAUAAACGAAGCACAAUGGGAGAGGGGUUUGAAGCAGAUCAAGGUUCAAAAAGUGUAUGGACUAAAUCUCCAAGGCUGUGUGAGCAUUUCAUCAAUGGAAUAUGCAGAUCUUAUUUUAUGAUAGUGUGUAUGACAUACAGGUAAAUACAGUAUAUUUCACUUAGAAAUCAAGACCCUAUUUUCAAAAUGAAGGUUUUACUGCAAUAAAUAUGAAAUUACAAUAAUUUUAUAUCCAAAAGUCUGACUGAAGUUGCAAAAUCAAAGAGUUUAAAACCAGUAUUUACUUUGAACACAACUAUAUCUACUUCUUGACUAGGUUGCACUAAAAUGGUGAACAAUGUAGGGUAUUAUUGCUCUUGAGGUUAAGAGAGUGCUGGCUAAUCACUCAUGAGCAGCCUGCAGUCAUGGAAAGAUCCAAAACAUAGACUUGUGCAAACCAUAAUACCCUGUUCCCCACCUCCUUAACAAAGUUGAUUGAAUUUCCUUAUUGACAUGCAUUGUAGAGGGGGAAGGGGAAAGUCUUCAUAAGGUUGUUGAGCAAGUCCACUGCAAAAUAAUUGUUUAGAAAACAAAUGAUAUUUCACUCACAAAUCAAUAUUGAUUUGGAGUUGUAUAAUUAUAUACACAUUUUAAGUUAGAAUAUAAUCAGAAAUUGAAUCAAUAAAUUUUUUAAACACAUUUCA